AUGCCCCUUGAAAGCCCCUCGCCGGGGACCCCAGCCCUCUCAUUCCUUUCAGGCGGAUCUCCGUCUGCAGCGCAGCGUCUUCCUUCAGCCCACGCCAAGCCGGGGCUUCUCGCACGACGGGGUGCGAGCCGAGGCGGACGGGAGAAGGACCGGCUUUUUGCGGGCGCGCUGCUGCGCGAGGAGCGAGCCGGCACGACGCACCUCUACCUGCUGCAAGGUGGCUUUGAAGACUUCCAAGCCAACUUCCCAGAACUGUGUGCAGUGGCACCACCUCUCCUGGCGCCUUCCCCAGCCUUGAGAAGCCCUGAAGACAGUGGCCCAGAAGUGGUGACUCCCUUGUAUGACCAGGAUGGACCUGUGGAGAUCCUACCCUUCCUUUACUUGGGUAGCUGUCACCAUUCCUCCAACAGGGAGGUGCUGGAGUCACUGGGAAUCACAGCGGUCCUUAACGUCUCUUCCAGUUGUCCCAACUACUUUGAAGGACACUUCCUGUACAAAAGCAUCCCAGUAGAAGACAAUCACAUGGCUGAUAUCAGCGUUUGGUUCCAGGAAGCCAUUGAUUUCAUUGACUCUGUGAAGACCAGUGGUGGGCAUGUGCUGGUACACUGCCAAGCUGGCAUUUCCCGCUCAGCCACCAUCUGCCUUGCUUACCUGAUCCAGAGCCGCCGGGUGCGCCUGGAAGAAGCCUUUGAUUUCAUCAAGCAGCGCCGGGGGGUCAUCUCACCCAAUUUCGGCUUCAUGGGACAGCUGUUGCAGUUUGAGACAGAGGUGCUGUGCCACUAGCCGGGCAGCUCCUGGCUGUUCUGCAGAGAAGGAGGCCACCCUGCUUCUACGGACCACAGACUGGGGGGCCAUUCCUGUUUACAUCCCUGAUGGGGGCCAUGAGCUGGGCAAUGGUGUCCUCCUUUUUCUUCUAUUGCACUCAUUGGUCGCAACGAAUUCCCAAAGAGGAAGGGAGUUUUGGCCACCCGCUGGACUUCUCCUCUUUGCUGUGUGAAAUUGCCGUGAUGACUUUUUUCAUUACUAUGAAAGACAAAGAGAAUAAGCUGGAAAUGAAGAGAAAUGAAAUGUGAGAUGAGCAGGUUCAGCACCAUCAGAAGCAACUGCUCAGCCCCUUUGGUGAACCGUUUUCAAGCCUGUUCUUCCUGCCUAAGAGAGCCAAAUGUUAUUUAUUUUUACUUCGUCCAAGUGAAUCUCAUUGACUGCUAGUCGAUGCUUUGCCUCAGUGGACUAAACCAGGGGGUCUCCCUCUGGGGUCCUCCAGACUUGGCACAGUACAACUCUUUCUAGCCAGGGGACUAAUCCUGGGUGUAUUGAGGUGUAGUCCAAUGUCCUCGGAGUGCUUCCAGUUACAGACCAAAAUCGCCACAUUUUUUAAAAAGUCACUAUAUAUAUAUAUAUAAAAAAAAAUCAGUGAA